AUUGCAAUGGAGCAUUUACAGCAGGCAAAAAGACAGCGAGAAUUCUAUAAUAUUUACAGGGCCGAUAUGAAAUUGUUGAAUCAAGACCCAAAACAGCAAUCGUCGCGUCUUGUUCUUUCGUUCGACUACGCUCAAAACGUUUCCUACCCUUUAAGUCCUCAACAAGUUGGAAAAUUAUACUUCAAAGUACCCAGAAAAUGUGCAAUUUUAGGAAUUCACGACGAGAGCAGCGGUGUGCAAACGAAUUUUUUGAUGGACGAAGCAGAUCAUCCGGAAAAGAUCUCAAUAGUCGCAAAAUCAAUAAUAUCUACCAGGUGUUGAGCGCCAGACUCACAGAUGAGUCGAUGUCUGCAUUAAACAAAACGUAAAGUCAAAUUGUUUUUAGAGAAAUAUACUUUAAACUCAAAAAAAGAAAAUCGAAGUUACCAAACAAAAGUUUAUCGAUAAUCACGAAACAUAUUUCCAAAAUUUAAAAUUUAAAUUACUUUAUUUAUUCUCGAUCACAUAAUUACACCGGA